AUGGUUGUUUAUAACAAAAUGAAUUCUAUAAAGGAAUUCCUAUCUUAAUAAGAGUAUUAUACAGCUCUUGAGAAAUUAAAAGUAAGAUCGAAAGAAAAUUUUGAGUUUGAAGAAGAAAGCUUUACAAUAUUAUAGUGA